AAGAUCUAACCUAUGAAUAUUGAAUCUGUCAAUUGAAGUUCUUUAUUAGAUAUUAUCAUAACAGUAGCAAUGAGUUCAGGGUUUAUAACAGAAUCAGAAGUUUUAGAAAUACGGAAACGCAGACAAGAAGAAUGGGAAAAAGUUCGUCAACCUAACGAUGCGUUAGAAAGACCUGAAGAACCUUAUGACAAUAGAAGUUUAUUUGAUAAAUUACAAGAACAGAAGCAAAAAAAGGAUCUUGAAUAUGAGGAAGCUCACAAGUUAAAAAAUAUGAUAAAAGGACUUGAUGAUGAUGAAAUAGAAUUUCUAGACUUAGUUGAUCGUACAAAGAGUGAAGUAAACCGCAAAAAGGAAGUUGAAGAGGAACAAGAGCUACUCGAUUAUCGUAACAGAGUCUCAACAUUGCAAGAAAAGUACAUAAAUGAUAUGUAUCAUUCCAACAUAAUAAUUAAUCAGACCAAGUGCAACAGACAACAAAAUCCACAGAAAAAAAGUUUGAAGGGAAUUGUUAUUAAAAAAAAUGAAAAUCUAAAAAGGAAAGGUAUAAUUAGUGAGACCACAGAAGAACCUGAUAGGAAAAAAACUGCUGCUAAUACAAUAGGGGAUAAAACAAAUACUGAAAUCAAUAAAGAAGCUCCAAUUACAAUUCUACCUGGAAUUGGAUGUUACAAAGAUUCUUCCUCUGAAAAUGAAGAUUCUGUGGACAAUGAUGAUACAUUAUUACAGAAGAAAGUCAAAAAAGUUGAAAGUACUGAAAAAUUGAAUUAACGUGAAAUUAUUAUCUGUAAUUAAUAUUUGGUACUAUUUAUAACUGUAUAAAAUAAUUUUAUAGUGAAAUUAGUAUAUAAUAUAAUGUAUUUGUUCAUUUUUAUACUUUUUAAA